GUAUACUUCAUGAAAAUGUUAAAAAAAAUUUUUUAUCAAAUCUCCACCACUGCCUUAUGUUUAUUUUUAGGCCAGUCCAGUAGUUCACUACAGGUCACUGUCUGGAAGGAAAAAAGCCAUCAGACGACGGGUGGAAAAAAAAAGUAUAACUAUCAAUUAUUGCCGAAUCGAAGUGCUUUAUUCGA